GGAUGCUUUACGGAGGUUAUUUCAUUCUCGUUCAAGGAAUAAUGUACAAAAUAAAAGUUUUUAAGUGAAUUUUCAAGUCAAAAGCUUCGAGCAACAUAAAAAAGAAAUAAAUUAAAAAAUUAUUAAUAGAAUCAUAACAAAAGAAGGCAGGAAACAGUGAAUUUUACAGUGAGUUUGCAAACUUGCACGGUUACACAUAGAGCUAAGUGAAGUAAGUGAAGCGAAUUGUGAUGUUGAUGAUAAUGUGCAGAAAAAAAAGUGAAAAAUAGACGAGGAAAAAGUUUUGUUUAACUAUGAAAGUUUCGAAAAGUUCACAACAGCAACAACAUGAUGCUUGGUGAAGAAAUGUUUGGAAAGAAUAAAAUAAGAAGCCAAAGAAUAUGUCAUAGAGUAGCAUUAGUGAUAGUAUUUCAUUUACUGAUUUUAUUACUACUAGACGAUGUUUCAUGUCAACUGGCAUGGUCACCAAUUCAAGUUGACUCGGAAAGUCAAGUGGAUUUGUGGACUAGAAAAUCUGUAGGUUGCGCAUGUUCAUGGAAAGAUAAUGAACAUGAUCACGCAAAAGACAGCAAUGGCAAUAAGCAUGAGAUGUUAGAUAAAAAUUUAACGCUUCAUAAUGGACAUCAUAAGCACGGUCAUCAACUCAACCUUAACUGUGCUUGCUGUGUGAAAGGCGGCUGUCAAUGUGGCGAGCAAGCACCAAAUCGUUGUUCUCAAUGUGGUUUAGAGAAUCAUUGUUUAAAUAUGUGUAAUGUGACCUUAGACUCAAAAAAUUUACAAGGCAGCUCGGGACAAACAUUUGGUCAAAUUCGUAGUCCGACAUUGCAGGGACCCGCAGUUUGUUAUUAUGCUCUUCGUCCAGCACCGGGUCAACGAGUAGAACUUCAAGUUUAUCGCUUAUUACAAGUUGGUAAAUUUGAUGGAAAAAAAUGUGAGGGUGGCUUUUUACGAUUCAGCGGACUUGAUGAUGCGGAAUAUAAUGGUGCAGAAUUGUGUGGAGUAAAUGAGCGGUAUUCUCCUCCAGCUGUGUUGUUUUCUGACGAUGGAAUAACAACGCUUCUGUUCAAGAUUACGGAGAAGACAGUUCGAUCGCAAUUUCUUGCAUAUUUUAGCUUUACAUCGUUAUCAAAUCCAAUUGUGGGCUUUCAUCCAAAAGGGGGUAAAAAGAUUGGUUCGACGGAUUGUGAUUGGUCAUAUAAUGAUCAUUUGUGUCGGGGUCAGGCAGCAUGUGCUAUUGCAAGUCCCGGUUUUCCAGGAAUUUAUGGAAGGAAUAAAAUAUGUCGAUAUCAUAUAACGACAUCGUCUGUACAUACAAAAGUGAAAAUAACAUUUAAUUCCUUGUUACUGCCCCAAGAGCAUUGUAGCACACAUUAUAUUGCCGUUUAUGAGGGACUUACUCCUGGCUCAGAACGACUUGCUACAAUUUGCGGGCAGGAUAAGAAAGAAGAUUUAAUUUUCUCAGGUCCAAAUAUAUUAGUUGAAUUUAAUUCGGGUUAUCAAAUUCCACCAUUCGAUUAUAAUGGCUUCUCUGCAACACUCACAUUCAUCGAAGGUAUAACGACUACCCUCACACCAACAAUGCCAUUUGAGAUUGAGCCAGCUCAUGUUCAUGAAUCCCCAAGUGAACAUGCGACUCCACCACCAAAGUUUACACCUUGUGAUCAGGUGAUAUCAGAGCAAUACGGUGGACGCUCAGGACAUUUUGACUCACGAACGAGAUCCUAUGCCAACAGCUGUCGAUUAAUAUUCAAAGGAAAAACUAAUGAGGUUGUGCACAUUUCGCUCUUCAACUAUAGGCUCAAAUCUACAUCAUGUCGGAGUGUUAUUGAGAUAAUCGAUCCCAAUGCACGUAAAAAGUCUCUAUUAAAAUUAUGCUCACCGGUAACUCGAAAGGCUCGAAAUGAAAUGGGAGUUUUCAUACCGCCACAAACAUUCAUAUCGACCGGAAAUCAAAUGAUUAUUGUAUUAAGAAGAGCUGGUCCGCCGCAAGAUUUAAACGAUAUUGAAUUUGUCGAUGGUGCUUUUCUUUUUCAUAACGAGGAGCAAAGUGGAACAUUACAACCAUAUUCGUUAUGUGACAUGCAUCAUUAUGGCUUAUCAUCGCCAGAAUAUGGUUCGGUUGAAGGACCGGGAACGGAGCAUCUGUUUUGGAAUGUCGAAGGAAGCUUAAAUUGCUCACAUUACUUUAUUCCAGCUGCAAAUCAAAGUAUCACAUUGACAAUUGAGAUGUUGGAUCGUUUAGGGACAGAUAAUGAUUGUCAAACUGUUUGCGGUGACGGUGGAUGUCAAUGUUUGACGGGACUUAACUCAAUUGAGAAUAUUGAUCAUUUAAUGAUGAUGACCGAUGAUAAUCAACCAAUCAAUUGUUUAUGUGGUAACUUCCAUCCUGAUUGGCUUCCAGUAUCAUUAAGAAGUUGGAGUCCAAUUAAAUUAGUAUACUCAAUUGCACGUUAUUCAUGGAGUACAAAAGGAUUUACGUAUAGGGCAUCCUAUAAUUUCUUUACAGAUGCAAUGUGCGGCAAAAAAACAUUUACAUUGCAAUCCAGCGAGCUUCAUUCACGCAAUUUUUCACAAGCAUUUUCACUCAAUUCAUUUUAUCAUCAGCAAUGUUUGUGGAUACUAGACUCGAAUACUGAAAGGCAGCUGAUGAUUGAGGUAAUAUCAAAUCAAAGUAGAAGUUGCACAGCAUGGAAUAUAAGUCUUCACGAAUUUACGCCAGUCGAGGAUGAGAAUCAGCACGCUGGUGCUUUAAUUCAUCAAUUUUGUCCGCGCGAUAAGCACAAACAAUUUACUUUUCCAUGGAAUUUAAAAACAAUUGUCAUAAAGAUACAAGCAAUGACACGACAAGCGCCAUUAUACACCGUCAGAUGGAAGUCGACAGUCGCAAGACAGAAAAUACAAAGUCUAACGCCUGCACCAAAUGUCAUUUCGUCGUCGUUAGGAUGUAGCAUUUUAACGUCAUCUUCGUCUUAUUUACAAUUGAUGGCGUUAUUGAUUUUAAGCAUUUUAUUGAGCAUUUCAUAAUUUGCUUUAUAUGAUGAAAAAAUUUCAUUUUCUUUUUUCUAUUUCUUCAUUUCUGUUCCAUCUUAUAUUGAUCUCUUUCUUCAAAUUUUAUAUAUAUAAAUUGUCACACAAGCGUCUGCAAGCAAGCAACAUACAACGGUGGAUUCAAUGCUCAUUUAUUGAAUUUUUACGUGUUAUAGACAGUAUAUAAAAAAAAGGUGAGCAGAAAAUAGAAAAAUAUAAAUGUAGGCAGAAGUCAGUAGGGAUUGAAUGAAAUUGGAGGAGGAUGGAAAAAAAGAAUUCAUGCUUGAUUUUUUUAGUGCAUUUCCUUUGGGAUAGUAAUGAGCUUUAUAUUCGUUUUGUCUGUUCGUAUAAAAAUUGUCAAUUAUUUUCAAUUGAUUUUUUUCAUGGAUGAAUUUAUGGAACUUCAUGCAAUCUGUUGUCGAGGAAUUGAAAAAAAAAUCAGGCGAAAUGUGUUGUCAUUAGCAAAAGCACACGUUUUAGAGAUUUUUUUCGUGAUUCAAGACGUGUAAAAAUGCGGAGUUAACAACCAAGAAACAAUUUGUUAGACCAGUUCUUUAAUUUUGUGGCCCCAAACCAAGAUUCAUAAAGAAUCUUCCUCUGGAGUACCUCCUAAGCUACGGCACUGGAUAUGGAAGGCUAUUUUGAGAUUAUUUUAUGAACAUCACGCUAAAUAUUAGAAUUCAAAUAAUCUAUAUAAUGCAAAUACUAAUCUAAUCAGCAGUUUUGGUUAGCAUAUUGAAAAAAAAAAUCAGCUUUUUGAGCGAAUUUCAGCUGAUUAUACUGACACAGCGAAUUUUCACUUAUCGAAUAAAACUCAGUUGAGUGAACUUAUUACGAAAUUCAGUUUAUUAAUAAUAUAUUCAUAUAUUAGUUUAUUUAAACUUAAAGAAUUUGCAAUUUUGAGCAUUUUCAAUAGGCUUUGCAGUUUCGCGAAUCAGCGAAAAAUUUUGAAUGUCUUCAUCAGUCUUCAUAUUCGAGAAUAACUUUCCUCUCAAUUGAAGCUUUUGUUGCUGACAACUCAACUGGUAUGUUUAAAUAUUCCAACAUCUAAUCCCUAUACAUAUGCAUGAAGUAACAUAGAUCCAUUGAAUUUCAUAUCAUGAGUGUUUAAAUAAAGCCUAUAAAUGUUAAAUUCUCAAAUUGAUUGUUGAGAGAUUUUAUCAAAUUUUUAUAUUCUAAAAUUCGUUAAAUCGUUGUUCAAAAAAAAACCUUAAUAAAUAUUAAAAUGGAAAUUGAUUGGAACUUAUGACAUAAGUGUCUGAAUCUCCAAGGAAAUGCGCUAUAUUUGCAUCAAAAUUGAUUUUUUUUACAAGUCCUACUAUUUCUCUGUUCUCCGUUUUCGCUUUUUGCCUUUUUAUUGCAAAUUGAAUCAGAAAUUGAAUAAUAUUGGAUAGAAAAUAUGUCACACCAACAGAAGGAAAAUUUAUACAAAAAAAGCACAUGAAGAAGUAGAAAAGGAAAAUUCAAUCCUACAAAAAAAAAACGAAAAGAAAGAAAAACAAUGAAGAUGAAAUUGAAAAGAAUAUAAAAAAGCAACACCAAUGAAUUAAAUUUUAUGACAACAGUCAUCAUCAUUAUAGACAAAAUUCACAUUAUUUAUAUUAGCAUAGAGACGCAAGGAAUGAAAAUGUACGACGAAGAAGAAUGUUCUUUAAUUUAAUUAUAUAGAAAAUAUAAAAAAAGCGGUUUCUUACAUAGACAUACACUUCCAUAAACACAAAAAAAAAAAGAAAACAAUGAUGACAAAAAUAUAGAGCGCAACUUAUGUAUUUAAAUUAGGACCAAAAGGCCUUAAGUGAAUUAAAAAAAAAUGAGUAAUUCUAUUUUCACGUCAAAAAGAAAUAUAUGAAAAAUAUAUGAUAUGAAUGCCAUUGGAAAUUGCUUACGGGAAGAAAUCACUGAAGCACAUACAGCAGAAGAGAUUCAAACAAUGAAAUAAACGAAAGCAUAAUAGAUUGAUGUUAUGAAACACAAACAUAUAUAUACAGAAUACAAAAAAAAAACUAUGAGCUCAAAAAUUUUAUCCAAUUUUAGCGAAGUUUCUUGCACAAUAAAGUUUUAUCUUCUUCAGCUCAUUUCCAUUUUUCCCUUUCUUCCGAUUUUCUUCUAUCCUUCUCUCUCUCUCGCCCUGCUUUUUCAUUUCAAUUUCCAUUAAAGUUGUUUGGUUUUUUUGUUCCUUCAAUCCCACUCAUUCUCUUACCACUUGAAAAUGAUCUGGAUUUAGCUGAAAAUGUUCGAAAUUUGAAUUUUUAUUAGGUUGAUGACAAUUCUGAUAUGUUAAAUUCUUUAUUGCUUUGUACAUUCAACAAUGAAGAAGAUGAAUUUGUGCUAAUUAAGCGGAUUAUUUUUGGUUCUAUAAAGGCUCAUUGUCAGCUUAUUAAUUAAGGUUUUGAAUGACUAAAAAUAAUAAAUAAGCUGAUUUGCUUUUCGUGUGAAGUUCAUUCCUUUAUUGUUAGGCUUUAAUGAUUCUGAAUAGGUUUAAAGGUAGCUUGAAUUAGGUGGAAACAAAACAAUUUUAAGAAACCGACAAAGUCUGCUGUAAGAUAACUCUAACCUUAAAAAAUUCUCAGUCUUUCCAUCAAGUUUUGAACAUUUUCCUGACAAUUUAGACCACAUUUUCAUCCCACACUUCAAGAGUGCUUCUGCUCGUUUCUCAUUUAUUCAACUGUAUACAACUAUUUAAGUUCAUUUAGGAAAAUGAAUGAUAAUCCAUUAAUGAUAGGAAGAACUCACAAACCAAAUCACACACACUUACAUACACAUGAAUAGAAUCAAAAAAAAAAAAUUAUAAAUCUCCAAAAAUAAAACGGAAGAAAGUAAAAGAAACGUCCAUGAAUGAAAUCUUAGAAUUUGUAAUGUUAUGUAUUUCCUUUUAUCACUUAAACGUAUGUGAGAGAAAAUGGUUUUAAUGAUAGAAAGCUUGCUCAAUGCAUAAAAAGAAGCUUCAUUUUUUUAUAGAUAAAUUGCGAUUGGAAAUGGAAGGGAAAAGUUUUGCGAUAUUUAUGGGAUCGAUAUGUUUAUGUAAUUUCAUGGAAAAGAAUAUUGUGGUAGAGAUGGAGGGAGUCGUGAAAGUUUUGAGAACUAACAUAUGAUGACGAAGUUUGUUGUGUUUUAUUUGGAUUUAAUAAGUUUCUAUGAGAAUUUUUUUCCUCAUACGACCUACUUGCUUAUUCUAGUGAAUUCAAUCAUUUUAGGGAACUUUAGCUUGAUUAUGCUGAUUCAGCAGAUUUGGGUUAUUUCCAGAAUUAGAGCUGAUUCAGAAAAUCUAAUAAAAUCAAUCACUACUUGAAAUCAAAAAAAUAAGUUCCUUGACUCAAAUCCCAGACCUACAAACUCAUUCUUAACAACCCCAAUAGAAUCUAGUCAAUUUUUCAAGUAAAUAUGACACAACAUGCACGAGAAACUCAAACAAAACAUCGGAUUUCGUAUUUCAUAAAUUUAUGAUUAGAUUAUUCGAAAUUUUCACAAUUUUGCUUGCUUUCCUUACAUUUACUUCCUCAAUUCUUUUUCGUAACAGAUUUCAAAAUCUAUUUUACAAAAUUCAAACAAAAACAAAAAGUCUGUAAAUUCUUUUAUUUUUUGUCAACUUUAACAAUUUUUUCAUUCGACUUCAUUCCAAUAUUCAAAAACAACGAAACGACUUAGCUGAUUGUGCGUAUAGUCCACAUUAUGAAAUUACAUAAAAUCGUAUAGAAUUGUUCCAUUCUUGAUAAGAAUUUACACGCUAAUAAAUCACGUCACGUAUGUAUGAUAAGAAUGAGUAAUAUUAUUGCAAAGAAGUUGUUAUGUAUAAUUUUAUUUCAUGCAAUGAUUUGCAUAAAGUAUGCGUGACAUAAUUUAUGAAUAUCAAAAUCAAAUUCAAUUUCCCCUCCCCGUCCCAUCCACAUUCACUCAUUUCAUUUUGUGGUUGGGGCGUAGAUAAAUAAAAAGACGAGAGAUUUCUUUUUUUAAAAGAAUGAUACACACACAAAAAAAAAUGUAAAUACCCUCAGAUGAAAAUGAAAAAGUUUCAGGCCACACAUAUUAUGUGAAUAAAAAAUGAGAAUGAAAAUUGUUUUUAAGGAAAAAAAAAGAAAAUAAAAAUUAAUUAAAUGUUUUCCUCAUUUAAAAUGAAGAAUAAUCCUAGUUUUUUGAGUCCUAUAAAGAAGAUAAAAAAAAUUAUAAGAUGAAUAAUAAUAACGAGAAAUAAAUUGUUAGAUUCAAGUAAAUUUAAUUGAAUAAAAAAAUGUUGAUAGACUGAAAAAAUAAAUAAGUAAACUUCAAAUAGACACAGAAUUAUGCACAAAAAAGAAAAU